GCGUGGGAGGGGGCACCUGCGCGCAUGCACCACGAACCUCACGAAGAGAAGUGGAAGGAAGAGGAAAACAACCGCCGGCCGGCAACCUGUCCGGCCUUCGACGACCGACCGCCGACUAUAGUUAGCUAGGUAGCGCCCCGGCCGGCCGGCAGCCGUACAUGGCCGCCACCAUGGCCGGCGUCUCUAUGCCGGCCACGGUCACGCCACCGGCGCCCCAAGUAGACGCGGUGGCGCCGGUGCCACGGUGGUGGGAGGACGCGGCGAUCUCAUUGGGGCUGGUGGCCGUGCAGCUCGCCGGCGCGGCGUACAUGGUGGUGCUGACGCCCAUCCUGGCGCUCGGCCUCGACCCGCUCUUCCUCGUCACCUUCGGCAGUCUCUCCACCGGUCUCUUCACCCUCCCUUUCGCCGUCAACCUCGAGAGGAACAAAUGGCCGUCGGAGCUGAGCAACCGGCUGGUCCUUCAGUUCGUCUUGCUGUCUCUGGGAGGGGUGACUGUGUUCCAAGCUCUGAUGCUACACGGCAUGAAGAAGACAUCCCCAGCCAUCGCAUCCGCGAUGCCGAACCUCGCUCCCGGACUCAUCUUCGUCGUCGCUGGCUGCCUCAGGUUUGAGAGGGUUGAUCUCAAAUGCCAGUACACGAGAGCCAAGAUACUGGGGACCCUUCUCUGCCUUGGGGGAGCCAUCACCAUGAGCAUCCUGCAGAGCCCCACCGCUCCACCAGGUCGAAGACCGCCGGACCUUGCAGCAGCAAAGUCACACCAGGACUGGGUGAUCGGCUGCGUGUGCCUCCUGGGUGCGGUGCUCAUGCUCUCAGGCACAAUAAUCUUGCAGGCGGCAACCAUGAUCCAUUUCCCAGCACCGUUUACACUCUGCUCCGUGACGUCGCUGAUAGGGGCCGUGAUGACUGGGUUGUUCCAGGUCGCCACCGCAGGGAGGCUCAGUCCUGGGACACCUCAGAUCAGCACCGAAAUAAUCCUCUCCCUUGUGUUUGUGGGCGGGCUGGUGAGCUCGGUGUGCAUCAUGUUCCAGACAUGGGCGCUGGAGAAGAAGGGGCCUGUGGUUGUCUCACUGUUUAGCCCGACACAAACCGUUGGUACGGCAAUAUUCUCGGCGCUGUUCUUGGGACGGGAGGUGCAACCAGCAAGCAUGCUAGGGAUGGUAUUUCUUUUCUCCGGUCUUUACUUAGUCCUGUGGGCAAAGAAGAAAGAAGGCCAAGUUCUUCUUGCAGACAGGGUGGUGGCAUAUGGAACAGAAGACGAUGUAGAGAAACCAUUGCUGCUUCCACAUUAGCAUUCUUCUCUUGUGUUAUAAGCUUAUAUCUCAGACAGACAGGGUACAUGAAUGUAUAGUUUUCUUUCUUUGAUCUUUGCUAACAACUAGUUGUAUGUUGUACUGACUAGUGUGAUAGGAUUGAAUAGUUCAGUAGUAUGAGACUGUAGAGCACAGAUAUUGGUAAAAUGGAAGGAAUUAGCCCCAAGAAAAAUACCAGCGCACAUCUUCUAUCAGUACUUGGCAAGUUGCCUCACUCCUAACACCUGUAAUUUGAAGAUUGAAUUUUGCUAGGUUAGCAGGCAUGCCAGGAACAAACAAAUAGUUUACUGAAAAGCUAGAGUCCAAAUAAUA